AGCUAAACCGGAAAAUACUAAAUGUAGAGUUCAAGGUUCACACCAWGUCUUAGAAAUGAUAAUGUUUAUUCGUUGAGACUUCAUUUCUAAGUUGCAUGAUCUGCUUGGUGAGGAUGAGGAGUAUCUUCCGGCUUCUGAAGAUCAACCCUGUAGCUGGACAGAGAAGUAUGUCUCAGAGUAGCCUUGCUGGGAAAGUAGCCAUAGUUACUGCUUCCACAGAUGGAAUCGGCCUGGCUGCGGCUCAGGCUCUGGGUAAGCAAGGGGCCCACGUGGUCGUCAGCAGCCGGCGGCAGGCCAACGUGGACAGGGCYGUGGCUCUGCUCGAGAGCCAGAGCAUCCGGGUGACGGGAACCACGUGCAACGUGGGCAACGGAGAGGACCGAGAGAAGCUGGUUCAAAAGACUCUGGAUCGGUGCGGGGGCAUCGACAUCUUGGUGUCCAACGCCGCCGUCAACCCUUUCUUUGGAAGCAUCAUGGAGUCCACAGAGGAAGUUUGGGACAAGAUUCUUUCCAUAAACGUGAAAUCAUCUUUCCUCAUGACAAAGUURGUGGUGCCCCACAUGGAGAAGAGAGGAGGAGGAAACGUAAUAUUUGUGUCAUCUGUGGCUGCGUACCACCCGUUUCCGGGUUUGGGGCCCUAUAACGUGAGUAAGACGGCCCUGCUGGGUCUAACCCAGAACCUGGCUCCUGAGCUGGCCCACAGCAACAUCAGGGUGAACUGCGUGGCUCCUGGCGUCAUCAAAACCCGCUUCAGCUCUGCGUUAUGGCAAAAUGAMGACGCCAUGAGCGAGUUAAAAAAGAAGCUCAGCAUUAAAAGGAUCGGAGAGCCCGAGGAUGUCGGAGGAGUGGUUGCCUUUCUGUGCUCGGAGGAGGCCUCCUACAUCACCGGAGAGACCAUCACGGUGACCGGAGGGUUGACCUGUCGCCUCUGAACCGUCACAGGAAUAAUUCUGUUUGUGUUGGAUCAUUUUACAGUGGGUAAAAUAAAUAUUGAACACGUCAACAUUUCUCAGUAAAUAUAUUACUAGAG